AUGGGUGGUCAAGGUAGAGAAGGUGGCAAGGCGAAGCCUUUGAAGGCCCCGAAGAAGGAGAAGAAGGAGCUUGAUGAGGACGAGAUUGCAUUCCGUGAGAAGCAGAAGGCCGAUGCCAAGGCCAAGAAGGAGAUGCAGGAAGCAGCCAAGGGCAAGAAGGGUCCUCUGAACACCGGCCAGCAGGGAAUCAAGAAGUCUGGCAAGAAAUAA